GGACUUUUCCAACUCUCACAAGGGUUUUUCUUUUUCUUUUCUUUUUCCUUUUUCAUAUUUCUCUUAAACCAAAAACACUCUCACACUCUUCUUCCUUAUCGCUCUUCUUCUUCUUCUUCUUCUUCAGAUUCAGCUAUCUAGGUUUCUUCGCUCAUGGCUUCCAAUUCUCAAAAGGAUAUUCCUUCUGAUGAGAAAGCUGGUUCAGCAGAGAAUAAAAAUACCAAAGAUGAAGCAUCCUCCAAUGCAACUCCGGGACCUGGGACUGGUUUUCCACCUGGGACUGGUUUUCAAGCCAACCCUUUUGAUUUCUCAGCAAUGAGUGGUCUGCUCAAUGAUCCAAGCAUCAAGGAAUUGGCUGAACAAAUAGCAAAAGAUCCAUCAUUCAAUCAGAUGGCUGAACAGCUUCAGAAAACUUUGCACGGAGGAGCACCACAGGAUGGUCUCCCUAACUUUGAUAAUCAGCAGUAUCUUUCAUCCAUGCAACAGGUCAUGGCAAAUCCUAAUUUUAUGACCAUGGCCGAGCGCCUGGGUAAUGCAUUGAUGCAGGACCCAUCGAUGUCUUCCAUGCUUGAAAGUUUUACCAAUCCGUCCAAUAAAGUUCAGCUUGAAGAGAGAAUGGCACGCAUCAAGGAAGAUCCAUCUUUGAAACAUAUUUUAGAUGAGAUAGAGAAUGGCGGUCCUGCUGUAAUGAUGAGAUACUGGAAUGAUGAGGAGGUUUUGAAGAAGUUGGGACUAGCCAUGGGCAUUCCUCCAACUUCUGGAGAUGCAGCUGCUUCUUCUGAAAAUUCUGGGCCAGAUGAAACAGAAGAUGUGGGCACUGAAGAUGAAUCAAUCGUUCAUCAUACUGCUAGUGUUGGUGACAUUGAGGGAUUGAAAGCUGCGCUAGCCUCUGGUGCUGAUAAGGAUGAAGAAGAUUCAGAGGGAAGAACUGCUUUACAUUUUGCUUGUGGUUACGGCGAGGUGAAGUGUGCGCAAGCUCUCCUUGAGGCUGGAGCAAAAGUAGAUGCUUUGGAUAAGAACAAGAACACAGCUCUUCAUUAUGCAGCAGGUUAUGGCAGGAAAGAAUGUGUGGCCUUGCUCCUUGAAAACGGUGCUGCAGUUACUCUGCAAAAUAUGGAUGGGAAAACUCCUAUAGAUGUUGCGAAGCUAAACAAUCAAGAUGAUGUCCUCCAGCUUCUUGAGAAAGAUGUUUUCCUGUAAUUGCAAGGCAUGCAUGAUGGAUGCAAUGCCGUCGCCAAAAAGAAAAUGGAAAAUUGAGGGGAAAAAACAAAAGCAUGAUAUGGUGACUUUUGAUUUCUUCCCAUCGUUGCGUUAAAACUAAAUUAGUCCCCAUAAAAUUUGUUAUUUAUAACUUGUAAUGCAUUUGUUUGUUACACUGCGUGAUUAUCAAGAUUAGCACCGUAAUGGUUUCAUUU